AUGGAAGAAGACGGACCAAGACUAGCCAAGAUGAGGCAGGCUUACAAGCGGGCCAUACAAGAAAUUCUUAAGGAGAAGGAAAAAAUAAAAGGGAUCCUCACUGAUCCGAAUACUCUAUGUGAGGAUUCCUUUUUUAUGGAUAGCUCUAAGGCUGGAGAGACUCAUCAAAGAGACCCGGAGGAAACGUCGAGUGCUAUUGAGAACAUUUUCCAGGGCCUUAGGUCAAAACUAUCUGAUGUCUUUAGGAAAAAGCUAGAGAUGAAUGACAUUUCAAACAAGCUCAAUCGGCUAGAUAGGGAUGUUCUUGAGGGAAGAACAAGCCUCAGAGAUGUUACUUCCAAAGAGUAUGUUAGGGAGAUUUUUGAGUCAUACCUUGUUAAUACCAAAGUUGAUUACAUAGACUACAUUGAGGAAACCAAAAGAGAAGCCCUGGAGAGGAUAAGGGUGCUAAAGAACGAGCUUGAAAAAGCUACUGAGGAAUUGGGGCUUCUGAAAAGAGAAAACACUCUUUGCAGAAAUACCUAUGAUAAUCUAAUCAGUAGCUUCUCAAAGGCUGCAAGGAAUAAGAAUGGCCUAUGA